CACCGUCGCUCGCUGCCCCCGUGCCCGUGCCCGUCCCGGUGCCCGUGCCCGCGCCCAUAUCCGCACCACCUCUCAGUCAACCAACUGUCAUCGCCAGCCAAACGCCGCCGCCGCCACUCACCGGGACUGCCUACGCCGCGAGAGACGCGUACCGCGCCGGCACUACGAACGUGAACGAGAGACUCGCCAUCAACGUGAGCAACAGUUCUUUGUCGCAAGUUGGCGGAGUUGGCGGCGUCGGGGUAGUGCCCGCGGCCGAGUACAGCGGCAUGGGGGCCGGCAGCAGAGGCGAUCGGCCGAGGAUAUCCCUUCUGCCGCCUGUCGGCUCCUCGGUGACGCCUAUACCGUCGCCUUCCGCCGCCGCCGCCGCGUCGGAUUACCAACAGCACGCGGCGGCGGCGAGGAACCCGCCGCGAGUAGGCCUCAUGCCCGUCCAGUCUGAUCAGUAUUGCAGUCGCACCCCUGUCGACAUGUCCAAUCUGCAGCAAGAUGCGCCGCCCUUCAAGAAGAUCCGUCUGGGGCCGCAUCAGCAGGUCCAGCAGCUGCAAUCGCAGCCACAACCGCGCUGCUUAUCGCCCGCGGACCCAUGCGGGGGUAAGCAGGAGCAACAACAACAUGUUGUGCAGUUGCAACAGCCACUCAGGAUAGAUACCAGGGAGCAGCCUGCUGUUGGUGCGUAUACGCCGCAAACGGAAGCCAUUUCGCCUACGCUUCCAGAGACGAAUACGCAAGAGGAUGCACAAUAUAGAAGUACGAAAGAUGAUCUCUUGCAACAAAUAGGUAAAGUCGAUAGAGAAAUCGCAAAGAGGGAAAAUCAAUUGAACAUGUUGCGGAAGAGAUUAAAAGAAUUGGAAGAAGCGGCGAAUAAGCCUCUGGAAGUCAAGGACACUGAGGAACAGUCACAGCAACCAAAGCAUCAAUCGAUGGCGCAAAAGGUCUACGCUGAAAAUAGGAGAAAAGCAGAGGAAGCUCAUAGACUCUUAGAAAGACUGGGCCCCAAAGUAGAACUACCUUUAUAUAAUCAACCGUCGGACACGAACGUGUACCAAGAAAAUCGCACGCGGCAUCAAACAUGUAUGCGAGUCCGGCUCAUAGCUAGGCUCCGAAGAGAACAUGCCGAACGUGCGUCACUUCAUCGGCAGCAGUCACAAACAUAUGCCAUUUUGGUUCAAGAGUGGCAUCGUAAAGUGGAACGGCUGGAGGCAACGCAGAAAAGAAAAUCGAAGGAGACAAAAAAUCGGGAAUUUUUCGAGAAGGUGUUCCCCGAGUUGCGAAAACAGAGGGAAGAUAAAGAACGUUUUAACAGAGUUGGUGCUCGCAUCAAGAGUGAAGCCGAUCUUGAAGAGAUAAUGGAUGGUCUUCAAGAACAAGAGAUGGAGGAUAAAAAGAUGCGUUCGUAUGCAGUCAUACCGCCUCUAUUGUUGGACGCGAAGCAACGAAGGAUCGCGUUCCAGAAUCGGAAUGGACUGCUUCAACCAGAAGAAUUAGAGGCUCUACAUAGUGAACGUAAACUGAUCAAUGUAUGGAGUUCCGUGGAGCACGAAUUGUUCAAAGAGAAAUACCUUCAGCACCCUAAGAAUUACGGAGUGAUAGCUCAAUCAUUAGAACAUAAGUCCGUUCCAGAUUGUGUACAUCACUACUACCUCACUAAGAAAGCAGAGAAUUAUAAACAGCUUUUACGAAAAUCGCGUCAACGAACGCGUAGCUCUCGGAAUAAUCCGAAUAAUAAAGUAAAUAAUACCAGCUCGACUAUCGGACCUAUAGAUAUUUUAACGACAGGCGUAACGACGAGGUUACAGCGGGAACAGCAACAGAAGACUCAGGAAAAUCCUCAGAACAGUUCGACAACGGCUACGUCUACAUCCACAACGAGCACCACAGUCACAUCGAGCGUAUCGUCGACGACUGUCGCGACCACGACGGUAACGACGACGACGACUCCGUUAAGCUCGAUAACGUCGGGCGUUAGCGUAACGACGGAUUCCGUAACGGCAUCAACGACAACGACAACGACAUCUGUCCUAAACACCACCGCGACAUCGAGCGUCUCAACGACGUCGACGACGUCCAGCGCGAAGGAUUCCAGGGAAGUCAGCAAGGAAAAUAAGGAGAAUAAAGUCGAUUCGAAGGAAUCUCAUCUUAUAAAGAUAGAACCGAAAGAGGAACCACAAUCGGAGACUGCGUCUGGGAAGGACGUUAAAGUAAUAAUGGAAGGAAAAGGCGCGCUGUCAUCGUCUGCGUCUUCGUUGAACAACGCGACGAACGUUUCGACCAUUCAGUCGGAUCUUAAGGAGUCCAGUAAAAAGAAACCGGGUUCCAGGGAUACGUGUAGCAGUAAUGCUAAUGUGGCAGCUAGCGGUAGAAUAAAGGACAAGAAGAAGGAGAAUCAUACUCCCAUGGAGACCAGCGACGAGGAGGCACCGUCGAUCGACGUCAUCGAGGGUGGCAGACAAAUAGGACCUCACGCCUGCACGGUAUGUCAAAGUGUCGUCGAGGGAAGCGCGCACAGUCGCGCGUUACCACGUAGCCAGGCAUGGCAAUAUGGUCUGCGAGAAGAUCAGGUAUCAGCUGGUGCUCGCGUCUGCAACACCUGCCGAUGCAAGGCCGUCCGAGGACGUUACACUGCCUGCCCACUGCCCGGCUGUCCGAAUUUGAGCGGUUCGAAGUCUAGGGUGAAGCGAUUGAGGGCAUUGCCCUCCAAGUGGCUUGACUUGCCGCCGGAGAUCCGGGAGCCAAUCGCUCAAGAAUUUCAGAUACCAAACAGCGCGACGAAAUGCUGCUCGGCCUGCUUUAGUCGCAUAUCGCGUCGUUUGGCUCCACAUCUCGCCAGUGGUACCGAGGUAUCCGAAGAUGGUGCCGACGCGUUGUCACGCCAGUGGACGGAUGAGGAACUUGAACAACUUCGUAGAGCGCUUCGGGAACACGGUACCAAUUGGUCGAAGAUCGCCGAGCAGAUACCCAGCAAGACGAAUCAUCAAUGCAAAAAUUAUUAUUUUGCUUAUCGGGAAAAGCUGAGUCUCGAUCAAGUGGUGGCUGAAUACUAUGCUUCAUUGGGAGAAGAACGAAGACCAUGUCUUACUGAUGAAGAGGAGAGUGGUAGCAGUACCAGUAGCUGCGAUGAACUAUUAGCUGUUCAUGAUUCGAGUGACACGGCUAGCGCAAGCAGUCCGGCCACGAAUAUGACGGGUAAUAACGUAGCGUCAGGCACUGCGACAUCAUCGUCAUUACCGAUGUCUUUCCAACGAUCUACUGAACAGAAACUUGGUGAGAAACUCUCGGAUAUAGCCGUUGUGGUAUCCCUCGUACCACCUGGAUCAUCACAUCAGUCUUCCAACAGUGGAACUACUACCACUGCAUCCGGUGGUACUAGAGAGGAAUAUGAUGACAGCUCUGCCACGGAGACAGCGGACGAAGGUCAGGGAGGUGUUGACAUAGACAAUGGCAGUAUUGUGGUGACUCUGUCAACCCCCAACAAUAACACAAUGUCGUUGCAGCAACAGAGUCAACAGCAGAACCAACUUCCGCAGCCACCACCAAUUGUUCAUUCUCCACCUUCGACAACAAGUAAUUCCAACCCGCUAACUGUCAAAGAUCUCAUGAGUGGUGUCAUCGAGAUGCAACUGAAACGUACUACACUAAACAGUCCAGCUGACAGUGGUUCAUCAACAUCUGACAAUUCAGGCUUGAUGACAAUAACUAGUAUCUUGAAGACAGAUCAUCGCAACGACAUAACAUAUGUUCGUAACUACAAACCAUCGUCGAAUAUGGCGAAUAUCUCGCUGUCUAAUCCAAAUUUAGCAACGCUCUCUGUUGUCUCGGGCCCUCAUCAUGCUCAUCGCUCUGCUCCCAGUCCACAACAAAUUGGCCAAAUGCAGGCUACUAUUACACCUUGUCCGCCGACUGUACCCAGCAGUCAGGCAUCGUCGUCGGACUUGCCUAAAGAAGGUUUGGUCGUCAUGCAGGUGCAACAGGCGCUUCGAGAAACAGAAGGAACGUUGGAUUUGAGUAUCAAAAAACCGAGAAUACAACAAGAUUAUAAUCAUUCGCUACAGAUUCACAAACCGCCGACGGUCACGCUCUAUCGACCAGAACCGCCACCGGGCGCGUAUUAUCAUCCUCACGCGCCUCAUCCCGAUCAAGGACGCGGUGCAAAGAGUCCGUUGAUUUACAGUUCGUCACAACGACCGCAAGCACCUAUUACACCUAAAAUGAACAAAGUUAACGUACCACCACCUCAUCCCAAGUUGUCUCCAAAAUUGAGCAACAUGGGCACACCGAGUCAUAAAAGUGGUUCCAUCACGCAUGGUACGCCUGUGUCUACAGCGCGUUAUGAGGGUCUGUUACAACAAAUGACGCCGCCCGGUAACCCGGUUACUGGUGCCGUCCCGAACGCUAGCGAACGAGGCGGUGGUAGCUCCGUCAAUGCCGGCUCCACUGUUCCAGGAGCGCCGAAGGAUACAGGUGGUUCGAUCACUCAAGGUACGCCGGUACUUCCGUUCGCAGUGGAUAAACGCGGCACGCCCAUGUAUGAUUAUCAUCGUAAUAUUCGACACUCGCCUGUUACGGGUGGAAGUAACGUUCCACCACCACCUCCAGGGCAGGGUCCCACAAGUCAAGCAUCCCCGGUGGUGGUGAGUCACGGUGGUAGUCAGUAUAAUUCCUAUUCCACUGCCGGGCGACCGCCACCUAGUUACUCGAUGGAACAACAAUUAUCCAGUCGGCAAAUUAUUAUGAACGAUUACAUCACCAGUCAACAAAUGCAUGCACGCGCUCGUGGUAGCAAUAGCAGUGGUGCAUCCGCUGCUGGUGAGACAGCCGGUAAGAACGAACCGCCACCGCCACCGUCGUCUACCCUUUACUAUGCCAGUACACCUCCUCCAUCGCAGACACAUACGCAACCGCGGCAAGGUGUCAUCCAGAGGCAUAAUCCGCAAAAGCAGAUGCAUUACCCACCACCGCCACCUGGUCUGGAGGCAUUCUCUAGUUUAGUGGAUGUAGCAGUACAACAACCCAGUCUUCCGGUGCCACAUCCACACAGUCAUCCAACUGCAUCCAGUAGCGGUGGUCACGAGGGUCUCGGCAAGACGAUGGCGGAUCGCUUGUUGGCCGAUCGUUAUGACAAUAACCGAGCGUUCCGCGAACAAGAAAUACGCAUGCAGGAACAUCGUAUGGCUGCAAUGCAGGCGGAACAUAGAUUGGCAGUGGCCGCUGCGGCGGCACAACAUCAACGUGACCGAGAUAGAGAGCGUGAUCUUAUUCAUCUUCGGGAAAAAGAAGAACAUCGUUUGCAUCGCGAAAAGGAAUUGCAACAGUUGGAGCACCGCCUUGCGGUACAGCAGCAGCAUCAUCAACAACGUGAAAAAGAUCUCCAGCAGCAAGAACAUCGGCUCGCGCAGCAACGGGAGGAUAUGCAUGUCGAGCAUUCUGGUCUGUCCGUGCAACAAGUUCGAGAAAAGGAUAUCCAACAUGAGCAUCGGUUUAAUGUACAUCAACGAGAUCGAGAGAAGGAGAUACAUCAGCAAAUAUUGGUUGCCGCUACUCAACGCGAGAAGGAGCACGAACAUCGACUGGCUGUGCAACGCGAGAAGAUCAACAUUCGGCAAAGAGAGCUCGCCGAAUUGCGCUUGCAAGCGCAAUUGAAACAACAGCACCAGCAGCAGCAACAACAACAGCAUAUCCAACAGCAUAUUAUUCAGCAGCAACGUAUGGAAUCCGAGAGAAGACACAUUGCGCAACUGUACAGAGAUAAGCAACAACAACAGAUUGAUAGAGAUUCGUCGAUAUUGUUAACCAGCGGAUUUUCGCAGUCCUCCAGGCUUCAGCAGUCUCAGCAAUCUCAACAGCAGCAACAACAGUCGUCAACGUCGUCGUCGUCUUCGUCACGACAGAAUCAAUCCUCCAGUCAACAGAAUGACUCGUCAACUCUAACAGCCGCCAGUUUGAUUGACGCUAUCAUUACGCAUCAGAUUAAUCAGAGUGUUGAGAAUGCCAGUGGAAGCGGAUCCUCGGCCAAUCAGCCAGUACGUGCUGGCGAUCGCCUAUUUCAGGGAUUUCAUCGCGAAACUUCGCAAGAACCUAAUGGCAUAGCCCACAGUCCCGCCGGUGAAGGCAGCGGUGGUGGAAACAGCGGAAAUAGCGGAAGUGGCAAUGGAAGUGGUAGCAAAGCGAUCACUCUCGGCGAACAUGUCGAUCAUAUUGUCUCUAAAGAUUAUGGCCCGCCUCAUUCAUCGUAUAGAUCUUACACCGGAUAUCAAAUAUCUGACGAUCAAUGGAAGAGACGAAAAAUUAACGAAUCUGAUUCGGUGAAGACCGGGGAUGAGCGUCAGAUAAUACGCGUCGCGCAACAGCAGCAGACGCAGCAGCAACAGCAGCAUCAGUCAUCGGGAAAGCAGCAAUAUCAUUCGGUAGAGCCGGUUUCACCGCCGGAGGCAACUACCAAUCAUUACGGACGUCGCUUCUACGAAUCGAGCACUGCCACAUCCACUUCCGGAACUCCCUCCAACAAGCCGCAUCAGAUAUCGCCAUUCGAUUAUGUGAAGAACAAGAUCGUUGAAGUGAUGCGCACCGAGGAUGACAAAGCUGGCGGCGGUAGCGGCAGCGGCGUUGAGCAAGUAAUAUGGCUAGAUAAUCCGUACAUGAUAUUGUAUAAGGAGUUUAGGUUUAGUGAUAAAAUCGACGUAGCCAGCAUUUAG